UUCCGGAAGGUUUUGAUAGUCACACACCAUCAGAAAACUGUCAUGGCGUCUGGAUACAUUGUAAAUCGUGGUGUGCUAACAUUUGGAAUUCACUAUCAACAUGUUUGUAGAAAUGUACUCCUUACACAUACCCGAGAGAAGAAGCGAUGGAUGAAAGCAUAUACUCUUUUGAUGGAAAGAAAGUUGAAGAUAGAAGGGCCUCCACCACCUAAGCCACGUGCUCAAAAACCUAACUGGGACUACCAUGCAGAAGUCCAGGCAUUCAGCAGCCGCCUUAAAGAAAGUUUCUCCCCGGAGCUCCUGAAGACAGCCUUUGUGAACCCCUGUUACAUUCAGUCAGAGCAAGAGAGGAGGCAGGCACUCGGCGUGGACUCUGAAAUGGCCGCUCUGGUCCUGGGGGACAACAUUCAGCUGCACAGACAGGGCUUGGAGUUCACCAAGAGCUUCUUGUCUGACUGGUGCAGGGCUAGCUUCCCUAGCCUGCCCAGCAUGGGAGUGGUCGCCAUUGUCGCGCACCUGACCAGUCAUCCAGUCGUGUGCCUUGUGGCGCGGAACCUCGCCAUUGAGGACCUAACUAUGAGCGCUCAAUUCCCGGUCCCUGAUGAAGUAUUGCACAGUACGUUCCUCGCUGUGAUCGGAGCACUCCAUGAGAGCAGUGGAGCUGAGAGAGCAGGACUUUUCCUUCGGGAUUUCCUGGUCACUCAGCUGGUAGGGAAAGACCUGUUUGAGAUGUGGUCGGUGGUAAACCCAAUGGGGCUACUGGUGGAGGAGUUGUCCAAGAGGAAAAUGGCCCUCCCAGAGCCUCGCCUCACCAGGUCGGCCGGCGCCAGCACUGUGCUCCCACUCUACUUUGUAGGGCUGUACAGUGAUAAGAAGCUCCUUGCCGAGGCUCCAGGGGAGACCGUUCUGGCUGCGGAGGAGGAGGCGGCACGCGUGGCCCUGAGGAAACUCUAUGGCUACACUGAGAACCGGAGACCCUGUGACUUCUCUGCAGUGGAGCAGCCUCAGGCUCCUGGCCUCCAAUCCUUCAGCAGCAGCUAAAGGACUUCACCCCAAGCACUACAAUGUCUUCCAUCAGUUGAUGACAGCUCUUGACACAACAGAGGGUCAAAGUCAAGCGGUUCCCUUAGCCUAUCAGGACCAACCUCUGACAGACUCAUACCUACAGACAUAGGAAUUAUCCUCCAAACUAUGUGGUCUCAUCAGCCUUGCAAUUAGAGGACUGUCCUUGGGCAAAAUAUUGUUUUUUUGUGUAAUAGAUUAUUGAUCUAAAAGCUAAAUGUUUCAUGUCCAUAAUAAAUCUGUAUCCCUGAGCACAUCUCUUCAAAGAAAGUGUAUCAUACCAUC